GCGUUGGCCGACCUGGGGGGGGGGGGGGGGCAAAGAAGAGUGCAGAGAAGCAGCCCCGGGCUGGGGAGGGGAGAGGCCUCUGGCACCAUGGAGAUGGGUCCGAAACCUUCGCCAGAGUCAAGGGAAGCCAGACUCCAGGAGCAAUGUGUGGGGAGAGGGGAGGAAGCCCACCACCCUCGGCAGCAGCAGCAGCAUCAGAGGGACCCGGCCAGCUGACGAGGAUGCAGCAGAAGCAGCAGCAGUAAGAAGCCGAGAAGCCGCCGGAAAGGAUCGGUCCCCGUUGGCGACCAAUGACCGGCCGAGACGAGGCAUCCGGUUUCACGGAACAGGCUGGAGUAAUCAAGUCUCUGGUCCUUCCUGCGUGUCGCCGUGGAGCGUGGCAAAGGCAGAGCAUAGGAGAUGUGGGGGGUGAGCUGCCCCCUGGCUGGGUUUCUCCUGAUUCUCGUGGCCACCAACGUAGAGCGUUCUUCAGCAUCCAGGCGCCGGGUGUGUUCCAUGGAGGUGAAAAGCCGCACCGUCUCCUACCUCUCCUCUCACGCCCAACCCGUGUACCAGCCCUACCUCACCUUGUGCCAAGGGUACAGGUUAUGCAGUACGUACAGAACUACCUACAGGGUCGUGCAGCGCCCAGCCUAUCGGCAGCUUUCCCGACCCACGCCCGUCUGCUGUCCCGGGUGGAGGCAAGCCGCUGGGCGCCCGGAGUUUGGAUGCAAUACCGCUGUUUGCCGACGGCGGUGCCAAAAUGGCGGGACGUGCGCCCUCCCGAACAAGUGCGCCUGCCCUUCCGGGUGGACGGGAAAGUGCUGCGAGAUGUGGAUGAAUGCGCCGGAGGAAGACACGGCUGCAGCCAGGCGUGCCUCAAUGUGGCCGGGAGUUAUCGCUGCGCCUGCCAGCCAGGUUACGCACUCCAGGAGGACGAGAAGACCUGCCGGGCCCUGGAAGUGCCCACGGAGGCCCCCGCCACGCUUUCUGGCGCAGCUGGAGUCGCCAACCUGAGGGUGCAAAAUGAAGUUCAGGAGCUGAGACGCCGAGUGGCCGCUCUGGAAGAAAAGUUUCAGCUCGCUUUGGCCCCUUUCCUGAAACUGGAGACGCCAGGCUCGGAGGGCGCUGCCCACGUGGACCCCAUUGGGCUGCUUGUCCACUCCUUGCAGCAACUGGACCGGAUUGACUCGCUCAGCGAACAGAUCUCUUUUCUGGAAGAGCAGCUGGAGACGUGUUCGUGUAAGGAUCGACGCUGAGGAAGAUGAAGGAGCAAGGAAAGGACUCAUGGUGCCUCCCCCCCCCCGCUAUCCUGAGCUGGCAGGGCGGGGGCUUUGCUUAAGCCCCAGAGGUGCUGGGCUUUUCCCCGUGGAAGGCAAGCGGGGACUUAAAAGCAGCGGUCAACACUGUCGUCUCUUCCCCCCUCCCCAGCACUUCACGAAAACAGACCAACACACAGGAGCCACGGACCUCGUUAAAUAAAUUUUGCUUUAUAAAAACCA